AUGACGACACGCAAGGUCGUCACACUCCUCGGUGUCGUGGCUCUACGAACAAGGGCCACCGGAGGCGUGUUCCAAAUUUGGAAUUAUUACGACGCCAACAUCAUGACUACCGGGACCCCCAAGCGGUCAACUCUUCAGUCUCUGCGAGAGAAUAGUGUGGAUGACUUGUUUGAAGGUGACUUAGAGCCAGACCAACUUUUGUACUCGCACGAUGAGGAAUUCGAUCUGUCGAACCGGGACGAUCAGUCGCCCCGUCGUACUCUUGAGGAUGAGCUCAGACAGAUUUAUGGAGGGGAGUAUCCUGCACCUGCCUUCGACGAUUAUCUUGAAGUCAAAGCGGAGGAUGAGGUGGAAGAGCAAUUUCAAAAGUCUUCAAUUGAAAAAACAGGCCAGCACCAAGCUCGACGAACUUCUAUUCCUCCAGCACGGGCAAUCUCUGGUGCUGGCGGUGACGGCAUGCUUUUCUCGUUCGAGACACAUUUCGGUAGCCAUACAAUUACUUCAAAGACUGAACAAUACCACAACGACAUUCACGAGCCCCAAACCACGAAUGUAACGAAUGGUAAAUCUGUAGAGUCGCCCGAUACACAGUCAGUAAAUUCCUUCGCUGUGAACUUGGAUCUCGAUGGAACGAGCCCGCAGAUCGACCGCGUGCUGAAACAAAUCAAAUCGAAACAUACCCGGCAAGCUCUACACGAUGCUGAUCCAACCUUGACACGACAAGACCUUUUUAAUAUUUACAAACAUGCCGUGGCUUCAGGCGAGGAGGAGCUAGCAAGUUCGAAGCACACCUCUCGGGAUCAUAUUGGGUCAGUCAGCACUGAGACUGCGCUCGACGACUACCGAGCGUCCAAAUUUACUCAUGCGACCAGUCGACACUCCUCGUUGAUGCACGCUAAGCCAUACCUAUCCGACCCUACUCCUGUUGAAGUGCAAGGACAUCAUCCCUCAACGAUACCUCGAUCACCACAAAGAUGUCCUUCUCGUACAAGCUCUCUAGCUAGUGAAACUCGGCCGAUAUUGGAUGAGGACGAACCGCAACCUUUGAAUGAAGAAGCACUUGCACUGAAAACGAGUAGCACUCCCAAAGAAGACGACACACCUUUCAGGUUGCCUGGCAUUGCAGGCCGACCUGAAAGCCCCUUCAUGCGGCCAACAGCCUCAGCCAGCUGUGCCUCGACCGGUCGAAGUAGUCCACUAAGGCGACACCUCGACUGCGUCGAUACAGCCAGCACAAAAGCGUUGAUAGGAUCCCCUGCCCCUGAUCCCUUGCAAGUUCCGUCACGCCCCGAUACUCCGAGGCCGACAGUGACAGACAGAUAUUCACAAAGUUUCAUGGAGGUUUGUGGGCCAAAUCACCUGUCCUUCUUGAGUUCGCCAUUUGUUGAGAGAUGUGUGUCUGCCGACGAAGACAUAAAUAUGCCUGACCCAAAUCAAACUUCACCUGUUGAUGAUCCGAAUAUAUACACAUCGUUUGAUGGGAUGAAGUCACCACAGGACUCGUCACCACACUUCGAAGCUGAAGGCUUCUCUGGUUCUGAGCCGGUUACUGAUUUUGACAAUAUCGAUCCUGAUCCUAUGAACCCAAUGGCGCAUGGUGGUCGGCAAGACGAUCACCUUCCCGAAAUCCCACACCUGCAUGAUGAGGGGUUGUCCGUAGUGCAAUCAUACACUAGACCGAGAGUUGCUACAUCGUCUAACAGGAUUCCUCAACUCGCUCCACCAUGGGAAGAACCUAGAAGCACUGCCGAUAAGUCGAAUCUACGUUCCCACAAGGAUCGUGGCCUAGGGCAGCAUUCCGAGCAUGGGGUCGAGCUCGUGCUUCCUUCAGUGCCUGGCGAGAAACCGUUCAUGGAACCAGAGACGGAAAGAAAGAGCCAAUCGGACCCCUUCGCGUCAGGCGCUGAUUUGAUCUCAUUCGCUCCCGCUACCGACUCGGAGCCAGAGCCCUUGGAUUUACUCACAGGUUUUGUGGGAAGUAUCCACCAGGCGAAACGUGGUCAAAAGAAACCGCCAGCCAAAGCGCGAGCAGGUCAGCGCAGCGCCACGGCUGGUCGACUCCCAGCAAGAACUCAAGAGAACGACUCUGCGGCUUCUAAACAAGGUGGACUAGUAAAGAUGGCUGGCAAAAGGUCAAAAUCUACAGCUCUUGGGGUGCAAGGUAUCCGCGUGAAAGUGUCGAAGUCUCAAGUUACAAGUCGCAAAGUAACGAGAAGCGUGAAGCUUACGACCACUCGGCCCACUUCUCAAGUACCGGAAGUACCGGACGAUAUGGAUGUCGACAUAGAUCUUCCUCUAGAAGAGCUACAGCCACCCCCGGAAACUCCUGAGCAAGACAGUGGUUUAGAGCAGGACGAGAUAACUGUCAACAGUGGUGGUGCUCAGCCCUCGAAAAAGUCGCGCUCAGCUAGAGGGAAGGCCUCCAGGCCGGCGAACAUGACGCCAAGACGAAGCAAUAGGCAGAGGAACACAGUGUCACCUGAACAGAUGACAGUUGACUCGCCAGAACCGCAAGCGACAACACAGACCACACCAAGUCGAGCCAAGUCACGGCAAAACCAUAACAAAGCAUCGGCAGCAGACAAGCACCACGUCGAGACAGGGGAGAAACCUUCAGGUGAUACCGUAUCUCGCAGUCGUGUACCGAGAACGCCUCGUUCGAGGAAGAAGGUGGUCGGUGAUAGGCUCAACCCCCAAUCUGCUGCAAAGAGUACAGAGAAAGAGCAGCCAGUAGCAACGAGACGCUCGCCUAGGAUUGCAAAGACGAUGGGACACAGCUGA